CAUAUUUCACCGGCUUCCAGUUGUUGUAACGGUCUUAUUUUCCGCUCUCUUCUUCUCUCUAAAACCUCUCAUUAAACCCCACUAUUCUCUACGUACAUAUACAUUACCUGCAUAACACAACUGCAUUCAUUCCACUACCCUCUCUUUCUACAUUUUCCAUAUUUCUUACAUGAAAUUGAUCUUAAUUAAGGGAACAAUUUAGGGUUAACAAGCUUGAAAUUCGUUUGAUGAUGUGAAAUGGUAGCUACUGUAACGUCAAACUCGAAGCUACCUUCACCAAACCCAAAGCGGAUGCCAUUGCUGCCUUCAGAUCCCGGAAAUGGAACUUUGCGCCGGCCAAAAGCACGGGAAGUCACUUCUCGCUACUUGUCUGUACAAAUUUCGUCUUCUUCCAAUUCUUCGUCGUCAAGUUCUAACAGGAGCACGACGUCUACUUCAAAUACUACCGGAUCAUUGCCGACGAUUCCGUCGAAAAGGUACCAAUCGCCGGUGGUUAGUAGAGAGGGGGUGACGACGCCGCGGAAUACAGAGAGGGCGGUGUCUGUGGGUAGGAGGCGGUCGGUGGCUGUGGAGGCAACGCCGUCAAAUGCGGAGAGGAUGCUGGUGACGUCGAUGAGGAGUUUGUCUGUGGCGUUCCAGGGAGAAUCGAUUUCGAUACCGGUGAGUAAGGCGAAGACUGCGGGAGGUGUGGGGACUCCGGGUGGUGGUUUGAGGAAAGGUACGCCGGAAAGGAGGAAGUUGACGCCAGCGUCGCCAGCGAAGGAGCAGCGGGAGAGGGAGAAUUCGAUGCCAAGUGAUCAGCAGCAGCACCGCUGGCCGGGGAGAUUGCGGAGAGACAAUUCGAGUUUCUUUACUCAAAGUUUAGAUUAUGGCGCCGAGAAAACUAAAUUGAAUGAAUCUGGGGCUGCAAUCAAGGAAUUGAGGAAAUCUAUGAUUGAUGAAAAUGGUAGAAACAAGUUCGGUGUUACAUUGAAUCCCGAGACUUAUAAUUCUGAGGUUAGAAUGACAAACAAAAUGGAAAUUGGAUCAAAUCUAGCUAUUCCGAUGAAUACAGAUACUGAGACCGUUUCACUGGAGAGUAUUGAGAAUGGAAGUACGACUCAAUUGAGAGGAGUGCAACGGGGAGUUGUUGUUCCUGCGAGAGUUUGGCAAGAGUCGAAUAGGAUACAUAGAGUACCAGACUCCUAUUCACCCAGGUCAAAAAUUAGUGGAUUGAAUAGAACACCAGGUCCAUCAAAACUAAACGGUGCAAACAAAGUUUUGAUUGAGAAUCCUGUAUCAUUUCCUAGGGGAUUUUCACUUCAAGGAGGCACGAAGCCAGCAUCACCGAGUAAGUUGUCUUUGAUGACUUCUACUCCAUUGAGGAGGAUUGAUAGUCCGUUGAGAAUAAGAAAUGGAGCGGGGAACGUGCUGACUGAUGAUAAUUCAAGCAGUAUGUUGUCAAUGAUGAGCUUUGUUACUGAUAUGAGGAGAGGAAAGUUGGGGGAGAGCCGGAUUGUUGAUGCACAUGACCUGAGGCUACUGUAUAACCGGCGGCUGCAGUGGCGAUUUGUCAAUGCAAGAGCUGAGAAAUCGUUGCUAGUACAGAAUGAGAUGGCAGAGAGAAGUCUAUAUAAUGCAUGGAUAUCUACUACCAAAAUGCGGCGUUCUGUCAAGUUCAAGAGGAUUGAAUUACAAUUAUUGAGACAUAAUCUGAUGCUAUAUUCCAUCCUAAAGGGACAGGAACCGUAUUUAGAAAAAUGGGACUUGAUCGACGUAGAUCACAGCAAUGCCAUAUGUGGUGCUAAAGAGGCAUUAGAAGCCAGCAUUAUCCGCCUUCCUGUUGUUGCUGGUGCAAGGGCUAAUUUGCAGAAUGUGGAAGAGGCCAUUUCUUCAGCUGUUGAUGUGAUGCAAACAAUGGCAUCUUCAAUAUGCUCUUUGUUAACAAAGGUUGAGCAGAUGAACUUUUUGGUUUGUGAACUUGCCAACCUAAGUGCAAGAGAGAACAGUUUACUUGAUGAAUGCAAAGAUUGGUUGUCAACAAGAUUCUUACCCUUGCAGGUGAUGCAUUGUAGCCUGAGGAUCCAGUUAUUACAAUUACAACGUCUACAUGCAAGCUCGACAAAGGAACUGUAAAGGUGAUCUCAUUUUUACUGCUUGCCUGAAAUAUUAAGAUCUUCAAUAGCUACUCCUUUUGUUUCCUGCACCAAGAAAGAGAUGGUCUGGAAAGUAUUUCAUACUUGUCUUGGGUCGAAAUGCCACAGAAUGGCCGGAUUCACGGAAAUCAGAUCCAAAAUGUACUUUUAUGCACAUAUUGUAGGAAUUUUUCUUACUCAACAGCAAAUUUAGAAUGUAUACAGGGCUUAUUCUUAUAGUUUGUUCUCUGCAAAGUGUUGUUUGGUCAUGUUAGAUUGUGCUUGUUUCGUACACUUUAUUGGACGUGAUUGGGCAUUACAUUAAACGGCUUUGUUCUUAAUAUUGUCGAUUUAUGAUCCACCUUAUAAAACAAA